GGCCUUACAUUGCAAGCCACAGAGUCCUUCCUUAUCACGCAAUUGGGACAACAUUGUUCUUUCAACAUACGUACAGUCACAAGUAAGCUCCAGAAAUUUGGUUCAUUUUGGCCUUGUCAAUUUGAUUUUUGGCUUGCAUUUGAGUCAAUAGUUUAGCGAUCCGAUUUUGAACAGUGCACAACAAUGAGUGACACGUCCAAGAUGGAUUCUCCCUCCGAGACCGCCAAAGCGGACCGCGAAAACAUCUUCAUGUUUGUGCCCAAUUUGAUUGGCUAUGGGCGGGUCAUCCUGGCCAUCAUCUCGUUCUGGUUCAUGCCCACCAACCAUGUCAUAUCCGCUUGGUGUUAUAUUUUGUCGGGGUUGUUGGAUGCCUUUGACGGGCAUGCGGCUCGCAUGUUCAAUCAAAGUACCAAAUUUGGCGCCAUGUUGGACAUGCUCACGGAUCGAUGUGCUACAAUGGCUUUAUUGGCUACCCUUUGCACUUUCUACCCGGCGUGGACCUUCUUUUUCCAACUGUCCAUGAUCAUCGACGUGAGCUGCCAUUGGAUUCAUUUGCACGCCAGUCUCCUUCAGGGCGCAACCAGCCACAAGUUUGUGAGCGCAGAUGGCAACCCGAUCAUGCACAUCUACUACACGUCCCGACCCGUUCUGUUUGGCAUGUGUGCGGGCAACGAGAUCUUUUACGCCUCACUGUAUCUUCUGCAUUUCACUAACGGACCCUUCUACUUGUUCUACAUCACUGCCGUGGCUUGCUUCCCCAUUGCCGUGGCCAAAUCGGGCAUAGCCAUGCUUCAAGGGUAUUUGGCUUGUUUGAAUUUGGGCGGAGUGGACGUCGAAGAGAGGAAAAAGUUGGCUGAAGCCAAGUCCACCUAAACAAUAUCCGGAUUCAUCCAAUGAAAAUUGUUCGCCAAAGCACGAGAUCAUUCAAAAAUUCUUCAUUCAACAAAGAUCUCCAAAGUUUCAUGAAACUAAAUAGAAUUUCAAUCUGUGUCUUUUCGUUUUCUGUUAUUGUCCUAGUCCAAUGAAAUCCAAGUGCAGUCUGUUACGAGAGUGCAUCAAUAAAAGUUAUUUUGUAA